CAUAAUCUGAAGGGUACAACCGCAAGAACGAUUACUUCGCCGCGCGGAAUGCGAGUGUGUGACUAAUUCCUGAAGUCUGCCGCUCCUUUCCUAACCCGCGUCGCUAAUUCUCGUCGCGAACUUCUCGCCGGAGGAGCAGAGGAGCUCACCAGAGAAGGCCAUGGGGCCACCGCAGCCAGCCAAGGGCAUCAUCAGCAUCGAGGCCUGCGCGCGGCCGAUCGCCGUCGACCACCGCAUCAGCCUCCCCUACUACUUCCGCAUCGCGGGCACCCUCCUCCGCCAGGCCAAGAUAUAUCGAGAUGAGAAGAACAUCCUCGACCUGUAUGUCAUCCUCCUGAGAUAUACGAGCUUGCUGUGUGAGACCAUCCCCAAGCACCGUGACUACCCCGUAUUCAAGUUGAGGGAAGCAGAGUUCGUCAGAAACGCUAACUCCUCUACACUCAUUGAUGUUGUCAAUGAGCUUGAGUCUCUGAAGCCAGUUGUGAAGCGGCAGCUCGUUGAGCAUAACAGAAGGGGUAGCCCAGAAGCUAAUGGUCUGAAUGGAACCCAUGCUGCAAGUUUAAGGAAGGAGAAGCAUCCUCCAACCACAUAUUCCACACAACCAUUUGUAGGUUCAUUGCAAAAAUUCUACCCAGAUGGGAGGCAUCACGUGGCAUCAUGGACAAGUAUCCAAACUGAUAGGCAGAUCCGCAAACAAUUUGUAAAUCUGCCUUUUCCAAAAGAAGAGACACUGGCUAGACAUUCAAUAUUAGGGCCUAAUGGGCUUCAUGGACAAUGGAAUGGGCCUGUUGCUGCAGUUAAGGUCCGAUAUCCAUGCAAUCUUGAAUUUACACAAAGUGAUAUGACAAGGUGUAUUUCAAAAGAACACGACGAUCCAAACAGGGCCUCAUUGGUCUUUCUACUCUGUUUGGGACCUGGAAGCCUAUUGAGAUUCAUUCUAGUGCCGGCUAUGUUGAACCAAGAUGGUCUGCAUGGUCCCAGUACCACAUAUCCCGAUAGCACUACAAAAGAUAACGAUGAUAUGCAAUCUGUUCUAUCUCUUGAUGAUGGUCGAUGGUCUGCACCAGCAGAAGAAUGCACCUCUACACCUUCUGCCAGUCUGGAGGGAGAAUUGUCCCAGUUGAAUAUCAGACAGCCUUCACCCCCGCCAGUCCUGGCAGAAGUACAUCCUGAUCGCGCACCCCCAAUUUCUCCAUCAAGAGUUGCUGAUCCAACACAAGGACUUGCUAUAUCAGAAACCGGUCGUUAUCAUAACUUGCAUGUUCCGGUGAAGUUGAUGGAGUGUUUUCUAAGGGUUGCUGAGGCGAACACUAAAAGAAGUUUAGAAACUUGUGGGGUUCUUGCUGGUACCCUGAAAAAGAGAACUUUUCAUAUUACAACCUUAAUAAUUCCAAAGCAGAAAUCUACAUCUGAUUCGUGUGAAGCUACAAAUGAAGAAGAACUAUUUGAAGUUCAGGACAAGGGCUCACUAUUCACCCUUGGUUGGAUUCAUACACAUCCAACGCAGUCCUGUUUCCUGUCCUCUAUUGACCUCCAUAAUCAUUAUUCGUACCAGGUCAUGCUACCUGAGGCAAUUGCAAUAGUUAUGGCACCUACUGACACAAGAAAAAAACAUGGUAUAUUUCAUCUAACGGAUCCGGGUGGUAUUGGUGUGAUCCAUGAUUGCCCGGAGAGAGGAUUCCAUCCACAUAAAGCCACUCUGGAUGGCUCACCAAUCUACGAGCAUUGCUCCCACGUGUACAUGAAUGCUGAUACAAAGUUUGAUAUGAUUGACCUCCGAGAACAGUGAGAGGUAUCAGUUUCAUUCUGUCAUAGUUUGGCGGCUGUACUUGCGGCUGUUGAGCAAAUUGUCUGCCUUGAUUUCUCUAGUGCGCUGAAGAAAUGCGGUUACUGAUUUAAGUGAUUGUACAUAACUAUUGUGUGUAUAGAGAUAUCAUUGGUACAUCCGGGGAAAUUGAGGAUUUGUGGCGUAAUUCACCCCCUUUACCUCUGGGGAUAUACGCUUUUGAGAUGAGAUGAAAGUAAUGGUCAAUCUCAUUUUAUGCAAGGUUAAUUGUAAAAGCAUCAUAUGUUUUACUCCAUUCCAAAAUAAGUUGAUCGCUAUCUAAAAAAAGUUAGUUUUUAUUAUGCCCGUUUUGUAAUAUUAAUUUCACGUUUGUAAUGCUGGAAUUUUGCCACCUCUGUAAAUUUUUACAACAAAUUCAUGUUUAACUGUUGCAUUUUC